AACACACAUUUGGAAGAAUCCGGGUUGAUCCAAUGGCACACAGUCAUCGUGGGAAUUGUGAACGAGAACCAUCAUUGGAUGUUGGUGGUAAUGUACCCCCAUGAGAAGAAAACCCUCUUCUUGGAUCCACUUGGAGAAGGGAAAGGCAAAACGAAGGUGUGCCUGCAGUCUACAAGAGCCUUUAUGAGGAUGAAAGGCUGCAAGGUGUCAAGAUGGACAUGCAGCACCCUCCCCCAUAAUCGCCAACAAGACAGCACAUCCUGUGGUGUCCUGGCCUUAAAAUUUGCAGAGAAGAUUUUACUGGGGGAGUCAAUUGAGUUUGAAAGCUCACAGAAGGCAGUGCACGAGCUGAGGCUGGACAUUGCUACUUCUCUCCUCAGAGAAUCUGAUGAUCUAAGCAGGCUUUGCUUUUACUGCGGGAUGGAGGAGCAGGAUGAAGAACAUUGGAUUUGCUGUGACAUUUGUCAGCAGUGGUACCACCACCAAUGUGUACAAAGGCCGCCAGUUGAUCAACCGUACUUGUGCCCUGGAUGCACAUAAUGCCCCGAAGGAACCAUCAUUAACUGUCCACUGUCAUUUCAACCAAUGCAACUAUUGUUUGGCCUGUCAUAAAAUGCACCCCACCCCAAAAGAGGUUUCUAUGAAUCCCACCGUCAAGCAUUUUUCAGGGUAUGGUUCUAGGACUGGUACCAAUAAAUGGAGCAAGUUUCAUGAAUGUGACACUUUUAU